AUGGAGAGCGGUGCCUUUGCCCUGGUCCUCACCCUGGCCCUGGCAGCAUGUGUCACCCCUGCGGAGAGGAAGUGCCAGCUCACCGGGCUGUGGAGGAAUGAGCAGGACUCACUGAUGGAGAUUUCGGCAGUGAGGGACGACGGGACCUUCAAGGGGAAAUACCUGACACGGGUCACCCUUGCCGGUGGCUGCGCCCAUGCCUCCCCCCUGACGGGCGCCCAGCAGCAGCCUGGAGAGGGGGGCUGGCCCACCUUUGCCUUCACUGUGCGCUGGGACAAGUUCUCCAAUGCCACCACCGCCUUUGCGGGGCAGUGCUUCGUGGACACAGCCGGGAAGGAGACGCUGACCACCAUGUGGCUGCUGCGUGAAGCCGUUGGGUCCCUCAGGGAGGACUGGAAAGCCACAAGGGUGGGCAGAAACAUCUUCACACGUAAACGCACUGCAAAAGAAAAUAUCCUGCAGAGCUUGUCACCAUCCUGUGAGGAUGUGCCUUCACCCACCCCAUGA